ACAGUCUUCAAUAUUAUCUUGUCGGCGGUAGAAAUAUAUGAAUUCUUUGUCCAAAACAGUUUCUAAGAGGAGAGUUUGUACCCCCUGGUCCAAAAAUGCGUAUUCGUUGAUUGAUCACGACGCAUUGAAAACGAUAUAUGGUUAUUUGUUUCAUUGAAUUUCUUCUCAGUCAAGCUAGCGGUGACGCAUUUAUUUUAAGCUUGAAAUAAUCUUUUGAUUAUCAUAAUGAAUCUGAGACCUGCCGGUAUGUCUGAUGAUGAAGAAGAAGAAGAAAUAUAUUUUGGAGUCAAUGAUCCUAAAACGCAUGAUGAUACCAAUAAAGAUCAUACGGACGAAGCCAGCUUGCCGAAGAAGAUCAUUAAUUACCAUAAUUAUCACAAUGAAGAGCAAGCCCUCGAGUCUCAAGUCAUAAACGCGUGUAUACACGGGCAAAUGGAUACGAUAUACGAAUAUCUUAAAAAGAAUGAUGUUGAUAAAUUGUUACGUACUGGAUGGUCUUUAUUAUUACAUUCAGCUUCGUAUGUACAAUUUGAUAUAAUGGUAUAUCUGUUGUCACAUGGUGCAAAUCCUAAUAUAUAUGGUGGAGAAUUUACACCUCUUCUAGCACUAUGUGCUUCUAGAUGUGGUCUGCCUGAAACAUGUUUGAAAUGUCUUGUGCUUUUAAUAGAAGCAAAAGCUGAUGUAAAUGCUGUAGGUAAACAUAGAGAAACAGCUCUAAUGCAUGCUUGUAAGACAAAAAAUACAGAAUUUGUCAUGGAGCUUCUAAAACAUAUAGAUGAUAUCAAUUUUUGUGAUAAUUAUAGGCAAACUGCUUUAAACCAUGCUGUUACAAGCAAUAGACCAGAUAUUGUAUCAGUUCUUUUGAUGCAUGAUGCAGAUCCAGAUAUGCCAGACAAAGAUGGCUACACUCCUGAGAUGAUUGCCGUCAGAGAAGGUUUCAAAGAGAUAUGUGAACUGUUAGAUGUCGAGUGCGAAAAAGAAGACUAUGAAAUAUUCCAAAUAGAAUAUUGGGGAGAUUUAUUUCCAGAAUUAUAUCCUAGAAAGGAGAAAAGUGUGCAUGAAGAAAUAUUGAAUUUGUUAUUUAACAUGGGUCCCUGUAACAUGGAAAGAUAUAAAAUAUUGUUCGCAAGAAUGGAAUUGAAAACUUUCGUACAAUUGACAGAAGAUGAUCUCUGCCAUUUAGGAGUAAAUAUUACUGUUCACAGAGAACGGUUUUUAGAAUAUCUUCAUUAUUUUCAUUGUCAAAUGUGGAAAGUGAAAACGCUCGAAGCGGGUAGAAAAUCUACUACAUACUCAAUUUUUAUUAGUGUGGGAUCGUUGGGAAUUAUAAAAACUCAGAUUGGUAUUAUAGCUUCUAGUUUUACAUUUGUUAAAAAUAGUUUUAUGGAAUGUGCAACCAAAGAUAUCUACCUCAAUUCUAUGGAAAGAGUCAAGUACGAAGAAGAACUAAUAAAAAUACGAAAAGCUCUAGAAAUAUUAAAAACUGAUAUGAAGCAUUUUAAAAAAUUAGCGCAAAAGCUCCACAAGGAAAAUGAUAUUGGUAUUCCAGCAUGUUUUUUGUCCAGCCCCAAAAAACGUAAAAACAGAACCAAAUGGGUUAUAUCGUUAAGUGUUACAUUAAUUAUAGGACUAUACAUAUGUAAAACAUGUAUUCACAAAUGAUAGAACGUAAACACGAUAAUGUAAUUUGACAUUUUUUUUUUUAGUACAUUUAAUAUGUUCUUGCAAACGUCAUUAAUUUUCUUUUUCAUAAUACAUGAACUCACACUUAUACACACAAGAAUACACACAAGAGAAUUUAUU